AGGACACACCAGCCCGGCCCAGCCCAGCCCAGCCCAGCCAGUGACCACCAUGGUGCGGCUUGUGCUGCCCAACCCCGGCCUGGAGGACCGGAUCCCAUCCCUGGACACCCUGGAGGCCACAGAGCAGAAAGGGGCCAGCUCUCGACCUCAGUGGGACAACAAGACCCAGUACAUGCUGACCUGUGUGGGCUUCUGCGUGGGGCUGGGCAACGUGUGGCGCUUCCCCUACCUGUGCCAGAGCCACGGAGGAGGGGCCUUCAUGAUCCCGUUCCUCAUCCUGCUGGUCCUGGAGGGCAUCCCCUUGCUGUACCUGGAGUUUGCCAUUGGCCAGCGGCUGCGGAAGGGCAGCGUGGGCGUGUGGAGCUCCAUCCACCCUGCCCUGAAGGGCCUAGGCAUCGCGUCCAUGCUGGCGACCUUCAUGGUCGGCCUGUACUACAACACCAUCAUCGCCUGGAUCACGUGGUACUUCUUCAACUCCUUCCAGGAGCCCCUGCCGUGGAGCGAGUGCCCACUGAACGGGAACCGGACAGGCUACGUGGACGAGUGUGCCAGGAGCUCCCCUGUGGACUACUUCUGGUACCGCGAGACCCUCAACAUCUCCACCUCCAUCAAUGACUCGGGCUCCAUCCAGUGGUGGAUCCUGCUCUGCCUCACGUGCACCUGCUGCAUCUUGUAUGUGUGCACCAUCCGCGGCAUCGAGACCACCGGGAAGGCCGUGUACAUCACCUCCACCCUGCCCUAUGUCGUGCUAACCAUCUUCCUUGUCCGCGGCCUGACGCUGAAGGGUGCCACCAGCGGCAUCGUCUUCCUCUUCACACCCAAUGUGACAGAGCUGGCCAACCCGGUGACCUGGCUGGAUGCAGGCGCCCAGGUCUUCUACUCCUUCUCACUGGCCUUCGGGGGCCUCAUCGCCUUCUCCAGCUACAACCCCGUGCACAACAACUGUGAGAUGGAUGCGGUGAUCGUGUCUGUCAUCAACGGCUUCACGUCUGUGUACGCGGCCACUGUGGUCUACUCCAUCAUUGGCUUCCGCGCCACCGAGCAAUACGACGACUGCUUCAGCCAGAACAUCCUGGUGCUCCUCAAUGCCUUCGACCUGCCCGAGGGCAACGUAACAGAGGAGAACUUCACCGCCAUGCAGCAGUGGCUCAACGCCACCAACCCUGCCACCUAUGCGGGGCUCCAGUUCCAGACCUGCGACAUGAACUCCUUCCUGUCCGAGGGUGUGGAGGGCACAGGCCUGGCCUUCAUCGCCUUCACCGAGGCCGUCACCAAGAUGCCAGUGGCCCCUCUGUGGUCGGUGCUCUUCUUCCUCAUGCUCUUCUGCCUGGGCCUCUCGUCCAUGUUUGGGAACAUAGAGGGCAUAGUCGCGCCCCUGCAGGACCUCAGGGUCUUCCCUGAGACGUGGCCCAAGGAGCUGCUUACAGGCCUCAUCUGCCUGAGCAACUACCUCAUCGCCUUCAUCUUCACGCUGAACUCGGGCCAGUAUUGGGUGUCCCUGCUGGACAGCUACGCAGGCUCCAUACCCCUGCUCAUCAUUGCCUUCUGUGAGAUGUUCGCCGUGGUGUACAUAUACGGCGUGGACAGGUUCAACAAGGACAUUGAGUUCAUGAUCGGACACAAGCCCAACAUCUUCUGGCAGGUCAUGUGGAGGCUGGUCAGCCCGCUCAUCAUGCUGGUCAUCUUCCUCUUCUUCUUUGUGAUCCAGGUCAGCAAGGAGCUCGUGUACAGCGUGUGGAACCCCAGCUACGAGGAGUUCCCGAAGUCCCAGAAGACCCUGUACCCGGGCUGGGUGACCGCCGUGGUGGUGGUCGUGGCCGGGGUGCCCUCCCUCAUCAUUCCCGGCUUUGCUGUCUACAAGCUCAUCCGCAGCUACUGGCGGAGACCGGGGGACCGCCAGGGGCUGGUCAGCGCGCUGUCCACGGCCUCCAUGAAAGGGGACCUGGAGGGCUGAGUGGGCCCAGCCCACAGGGUGCAGAUGUACAAGUGUGUAUGUGGUGCAGGGGUGCGUGUGUGGCAGUGCACAUGUGGGUACUGCAUGUGUGCACGCAACACCGAUGGGUGUGGAUGUGCGUCUGAGUGUGUGAAUGACAGCAUGCAUAUGUUGUGUGUAUACAGGUGUCCGCAUGUAUAUAUGCCCAGUGCGCUUGUGCAUACAAGCAUGUGUCUGCAUUUCUGAUUCUGUGUCCAUAUGCACAUGUGUUACAUGUGUGAAGAUAUUUAUGUGUGAGCUAGCAUGUGCAUACCUAUGUGCAUUAUACAUGUGUGCACAA